AUGGCCCCGAUAUCCGUUGCGUUUGUAUGUCUAGGAAACAUUUGCCGAAGCCCCAUGGCUGAGGCGGUGUUCACCCACUUAGUCAAAGAAAAAGGACUCGACUCUAAGUUCAAAAAGAUUGACUCCUUUGGAACUUCAGGAUACCAUAUCGACGAUACUCCUGAUCACCGUUCCGUGGCGUGUUGCAAGAAACAUGGAGUUCCUGUGAACCAUAGAGGUCAGCAGAUCUCGCCGGACGACUUCUACCACUUUGACUACAUACUGGCCAUGGAUGAAUCAAAUCUCUCCAAUCUCAAACGCAUACAGCCCAAAGACUCCAAUGCCGUAGUCAGGCUCUUUGGAGACUACAGAACGGACAAGUCCUUCCACAGGAUUGUGGAGGAUCCUUACUACGGCGGGUCUUCUGGAUUUGAGAGAAAUUUCAAACAGAUUACGCAUUUCAGUGAAGAAUUCUUAAACAAAGAGUUAUAG